CCCUCAGUCGGUUGUUUUUUGCAAAUUGAAUAUACUUUUAGGAAGAAUUGUAUGAUAAUAAGUCACAAUCAGUGACAAUUGAAAUGGGAUCCGACGAUGAAGUGUGCGAAGACGAGGAUGAAAUCCUUGUAUAUGUAGAAUUUGAAGGACUUGUGGACGGUAAUGUGUUUAGUGAGGAGCAAUUGCAAUUAGAUAUGAUCGGUAUAGACAGUGAACAUCCAAUAAUGCAGAUCAAUGGAAAGUUUUAUGAAGGUACUUACGAAGACGUUAGCGGUACAUAUAUGUUUUUUGAGAAGAACGAGAAUUGUAUACCAAACGAUCCUGUUUUUGAUGUUGUCCCAAAUGUUAAAUAUUUUACUAAAACCAGGAAAGUUUUAAAGAUGCAACGAAUUUUUAUAAAAUCUAGAACAGAAGUACUCGGGGAUUCAGAACAUUACCAGUGCAUUCCAAAUUUAAAUACUCUUCAACAAGCUGGAGUACCAUGUCAAUAUCAGGAAGAAGCUCUUUCCUUUUGGAAUGCUAUGAGAAGUAAUAGAUUAAGUGCCCUAUACCAAUAUUUGGAGAAGCAGAGAAUUAGGCAACAGAAGAAAUCUCAGGGUAUAAUGUUAAAUUCUGAAUCCGACGAAGAUAAUCCUUUUGCUAUGUAUAAACAUAAAGAAGACACUGGUACUUUAAAUAAGUUUGAAGAUACUUGUGUUCAAUUUGAAGAAAAUUCAAGUUACUACAAUGAUCAAUUUCAUUCUAAGCCUACUUUUUCCAAAGAAAUGAUGAAUGAAACUUUAAGUAGAAUUGAAAGUGGUUACAAAAGCAGCCUUAAGAAUUUCAAAACAUUAUUAAAUCCACAAUCGUCGAUGCUAGAAAAUGGUGGUUGUGAUACAAAUAAAUCUGUAAAGACACAUAAAACUAAGUUGUAUAGAAAGAAGAAUGUAAGCAAGGCUCGUAAUACCCAAAGAAUAAAAGAUAAAAAGACUCGACCUUUGGUGAAAGGUAGGAAGUCACGUGACAAGAAAGAGGAAAAAUUAUUAAGCACAGAAGAAAAAUCAGAGGAGCCAGAUAUAUCAAAUGUUGUCGACACCUUAAAUACUUUAGAGAUUUCUAGAAAUGAAAACGAAAAUACUCAACUAAUAAUAAAAGUCUGA